AAAGCCAAACCUCGAGUACGAACAAAGAGAGAGUCAACCUCAAAUCCUACAACAACAACCAGUAAUAAGUCGACAUGAUCAUUGAUUCAUUUCCAUGGAUCUUAUCGCUAUUUAAUAUUAAUUAUCUCUCGAAUGGCUAAACUGAUGAACUCUAGAGCUCCACAUCUCCACACCCACUAAACUUUGUCGCAUCUAUUCUCUUCUCGUAUAUGCUCCAUCCUUCAAAAACCACCACUUUCUCGCACCCUCUUCUCUUCUCAAUCCCUCAAUUAAAUUCUUUUCAGAAAAAAAAAAAUCUCCGAAAUGGGUUCUCAGCAUCACAGUGGCGGCGACGAGUACAUAGUAAUGUUGCCGUUCAUGGCGCACGGCCACCUCAUCCCGUUCCUCGCACUGGCCAACCAAAUCCAUCUCCGAACCAACUUCACCGUCUUCAUCGCCACCACCACCCUCAACGUCCACUACCUGAAAUCCACCGUCUCCUCCGCGGCCGACAUCCGGUUCAUCGAGCUUCCCUUCUCCGGCGCCGACCACGGCUUGUCCCCCAACGCCGAGAACACCGAGAAUUUACCUCUCUCCAAGAUCGCCCACCUGUUCCACGCCUCCCGCAGCCUCGAACCUCCCUGCCGGGACUUCCUCCGCGGCGCCGUCCAAGAACGAGGCCGCCCUCCGCUCUGCAUCAUCUCCGACGUCUUCCUCGGCUGGGCCGUCGACGUCGCCAGGAGCUUCGACACCGUCAACGUCGCUUUCUCCACCGGCGGAGCCUACGGCACGGCGGCGUAUGUCUCUCUCUGGCUCCACCUCCCUCACCGAAAGACCGACUUCGACGAGUUCACGAUGCCUGGGUUUCCGGAGCGGUGCCGUUUCCACCGGACUCAGCUUCAUCCGUUCCUUAGAGCCGCCGACGGUACGGACACCUGGUCUAUGUUUUUUCAGCCGCAGAUUUCGCUCAGUCUGAAAUCUUACGCUUGGUUGUGCAACACCGUCGAGGAAAUCGAGCCGUUCGGCCUCGAGAUCCUCCGGAAUUACCUCAAUCUCCCCGUCUGGUGCGUCGGUCCUCUUCUUCCCCAAGCCGCUCUGAACGAUUCUUCGUCGUCUCAUACUAUUUCCAGACGCAGAGCUGGGAAAGAAUUUGGCAUUUCCGCGGAGAAUUGCCUCGAUUGGCUCGAAUCGCAGAAAUCGAAAUCCGUUCUGUACAUCUCUUUCGGCUCUCAGAACACUAUCGGCGCUUCGCAAAUGAUGGAAUUGGCGAUCGGAUUGGAGAAGAGCGAGAAGGCGUUCGUUUGGGUGAUUAGGCCUCCGAUGGGGUUCGAUCUGAGAGGGGAAUUCAGGUCGGAGUGGCUGCCGGAGAAGUUCGAGGAGCGAAUGAGGGAGAAGAAGAGGGGUUUGCUCGUGAGGAAUUGGGCGCCGCAGCUGGACAUCUUGGCGCACCGCUCCACGGGAGCUUUUCUCAGCCACUGCGGGUGGAAUUCGGUUAUGGAAAGCCUGAGCCAGGGCGUGCCGAUGGUGGCGUGGCCGAUUGCGGCGGAGCAGGCCUACAAUUCGAAGAUGCUGGUGGAGGAGAUGGGCGUGUGCGUGGAGCUGACGAGGGGAGCGCAGAGCGGCGACAUCACGGCAGAGCGAGUGAGAACGGUGAUCAGCAGGGUGAUGGAUGGGGGCGGCGAGGGAGGGGAGAUGCGGAGGAGGGCGGAGGAGAUUAAGUUGAAGAUAAGGGCCGCCAUUAGAGAGGAGGGAGAGCAGAAGGGGUCUGCUCUUAAGGCCAUGGACGAUUUUGUGGCUUCUGUUUUAACAAAUAGGGAACAACAAGUGACCAAGUAGAAAUUUUGGAGGGAGAUUUUGCAAUUCGGUUUCUGACCAUUUGGCAGUUCAAAAAAAGGUUAUGGUUAACAGAUUUUGCUCCGGUUUGUUUUCCUGCUUAAAUCAGUUGAGUGGAUCGUCAACCAAAAAAAGAGGAAAAAUGAAACUCAAAUUUGAGCAGAAAUUUGAAUUCUUUUAACAA